CUCAAAACAUCCAAAAAUAAAGUUUCGUCUAUUUAGAAUCACGGCAACCCGUGCCGAGUUGAGCGGAAACCUGUCGGUACUUGUAUAGUACGGCGCGCGCGAACUGUCGGAUUGAUUGCAUGUAAUUACUUGUUUAUUUUAUUAGUAAUCGCGUUUUUUUCGUGUAGUCAACAUGUCAGUGGAGUAACGAAGUUCCAAAAAGGAGAUAUUUCUAAUAGGGGACGUAAAACAUCAAAUCACCGGUUCUAAACUUCCCUCUAACGGGCAAGUACUGGCAGUUUUGUUCUUUAAUAUUCGUGAAGUGAACUUAAGUGUCAAUGAAAGUGCAAAUCUCACAAUUCGUGAGUGUGUUAUUUAUUGGGAAAAGGCACGUAUACCGACCAGAUCAAUAUAUAAAUGUGUUAAGAAACUAGUUAACUUAUACCAAGUUUGGAGUGAAUUGCAAAAAAAACUCAAGAAGUGUUUGAACAGCGUCGAAGGGAGUUUUUUUCAAACUUAAAGAAUUUGUUUGACAUUGCACAUGCCGAUGCUCUUCAAUCGAUUACAAUAAAUGAAGAUAAGAUCUUCUUGCAGCGCCAAAGAGAACCAGGUCGGCCCGGUCACUUAGCCGGAGUGGACAAAAAACUAACAAACAAAGAGGAAAGGACGCGCCUUCGAAUCAUCGAGGAGGAAAAGCGACGUGCUAAAAAUUUUUCAUCCUUAGCCCCAUCAACAUCAUCUUGCGAACCAGCACUAGAAAAGUCCUCUUCUGAUUGUGAAAUAAUAGAAUUAGAAGAAAAUAGGCCCAGCGCAAGAGAAGCCUCCUCUCAGCGCGAUAAAACUUCUAUGCGGAAAAAUAUCAUAACUCCCAAGAUAGUUGCCGCAUUACACAGGUGUCAGUUAAGUGUGAGGGAUUCUGUCUUUAUAAUUGAAGCUACUAUUGAGGCUGUGGGGCACAAUACGGAUGAAUUCCCUAUAAUCAAGCCCUCCAUCCAUAGAGUUCAUACGGAAAUGAAGCUAUAAAAAUUUAUUUUCAAAACAAGGUCCCGGACAUGAUAACUGUCCACUGGGACGGAAAACUGUUGCCAGCUCUAGAUUCACGACGUAAAAGUAAAGAAGAACACCUACCGGUAGUUAUUACAUACGAUAAUAAAGAACAAAUUAUUGCUGUUCCUAAAUUGGAUAGCUCGACAGGAAGAGAACAGGCAGCCGCAGUUUGGGAUGCUAUUACGAACUGGAACCUUGAAGACAAAGUGCAGAUUCUCUGUUGUGAUACUACUGCUUCUAACACAGGCCGCAUAAAUGGAGGAUGUGUGCUUCUCGAACAAAAACUGGGUAGAGAAGUGCUUAUUUUUGCUUGCCGUCAUCACGUUUACGAAUUAGUACUUAAAGGCGUGUUUGAAGCGAAAAUCAGUCAGGUAACUACAAGCCCAGACAUCCCAUUAUUCAAGAAAUUCCAAGAAAUCUGGAAAAAUAUCGAUCCCGAGAAAAAACAAAGCUGUACAGAAAAGCUAUCUUGUUUUAAUGUUGCGAAAAUUGACAAACUGCCAGAAUUCUACAAAACUGAAUUAACCAAAGAAAUCGUUAGAGAUGACUAUCGCGAAUUAAUUGAGCUUUCAAUUAUAUUUCUUGGCGGAGAUUCAGAGAAGAAAUUUAAGAUUCGGCACCAGGUGCUAUGCACCAGGCUCGAUGGAUGGCGAGAGCCCUUUAUUCAUUAAAAAUAUCGUUACGUAGGUCUCAAUUCAGAAUUUCAAACAAGGAUAAGGCAGUAAAGUCACGGUAUCAGGAUUUGUGUUUUUUGAAGGCCAUGAAAAAUUACGAAACAAUAGACAAAAGCAUUUCAAAAGCAGCUUUGCAGAAGUUUUGGCAGCAUUUGUGGUAUUUGACAGAUGAAGUAUCUAUUCUGGCUUUAUUUGAUGAUGUCAAUCUAGAAACUAAAGUAAGAAUGAUUGCUAACUUAACUAGAGAAAACCCAACAGCUCACAAUAAACGUUACAUUGCAUACAAAGAAGAACUCUGUGGCCCACUUUUUGGUACGUUAAUUAAGCCUUGAUUUUGUUCUUUUACUAAGUUUGCUAAUAGGUAUAAUUGAUAACUGAUCUAUCUGUUUUAAUUUCAGAGAAAAACAUUGAUGACUUCGUCUCUGUCAAAAGCAAGUUCCUGUUUAAUCGAUUCCAGAUUGACGACAGUUUUCUGAACAAGUGCCCCUCUUUGUGGUCAAAUGAUGAUUCCUUUCUACAGGCUAAAAAUAAGCUGCUAGGACUGAAAUCAGUUAAUGAUACGGCAGAAAGAGCGGUUAAGUUAAUGCAAGACUUCCAUGGUUUGAUCACUGUUCAAGAGGAGCAAAAACAAUUUUUAUUACGUUCCGUACAAGAACACAGACAGGUAUAUCCCGACUGUAAAAAGCAAACUUUGAAAAGAAAAUUUGAUGAUUGAUGUCCCUUUUAUAAUAAAAAGAAAAUAAAUACGAAAUAUGUUUUUUAUUUUUAUUUAUUUAAUUAAUUUAAAAAUUCAAUUAAACUUUUCUCUAUUGUGAGCCUAUAGCUUUCAUACUAACUUUUAAACUUAAAGUUUGACAUCAAGUCGGCACGGGUUAAUGACAUCCGAUCUCAAUAAUAUUUUAUAUUUAAGUUUUUAGAGUCAAAUGGAAAAAAAAAUAAAGGGUAUGCGUAUUGAAAUUCCGAAAAAAAAAUUCCCCUUUGUAGCCUGGGACACCCUAACGCAUUUAGAGAAAUAGAGUGAGUGUCCUGUGUGUGCGGUUUUAUGUACAGGGGUUGAUUGAAAUGUAAUGAGCCUUAUUUUUUUAAGCAGUUUUAUUAAACCUUUUGGCUUAUACAACUAAUAUUCUUCAAAAUAGGACCCUUGAGCGUCAAUACACCGCUGGUCGCGGUCCUUUCACUGCAGGAAACAUUUUUUAAACUCAUCCGGAAUCGCGUUCGAUUCGGCUGUCACAGUUUUUUGGAUGGGCCUCGAUGGAGUCGAAACGCUUCCCCUUCAACUUUCUUUUCAAUCGCGGGAACAAGAAGAAGUCCAGAGGCGACAGGUCUGGGUUGUAGGGAGGGUGGGGAAGCACCGGAACCCCCAUCUUGGCCAAUGCAGAGGUGCAGAGGAAGGCGGUAUGCGCCGGCGCAUUGUCGUGGUGAAGGGUCCAAUUGUUGACGAGGUCGGGCCGAACCGGCGCGACGCGGUUUUUCAGCCGAAGGAGCAGUUCUUUGUAAAAUGCCGCGUUUACAGUGCUUCCUGGAGGCACAAACUGUUUAGCUUUACGCAAAAUUUGAUCGAGUAGCGUUGCUCCAACGACCGCUGCAUUUUCGCCACUGCAAAAUCCUCACACACUUUUAAAACAGCUUUCACGCGCGAAGCGAUGUUGACUGCACCGCUGUUGCCAGCGAACUGGGACCGGUUUUUAGUGGAAGGGAAGGUCCAACGAUCAUUCUCCCCUACCAACCGAUUCGGUUGAUCGCUUGGCAGACGCUCCGCGCGGGAAGGCUCAUUACUUUUCAAUCAAACCCUGUACAUGCAUAUGUGUAUAUAAUAAUCAUUGUUUUGCUGGGAGUUCCGAAUACAAAUAUGUACGUACAUAGGCUAGGGUAUCAAGUGUGCAUACGCACAUACAAAUAUGUACAUGCAUAUGCAAAAGAUAAUUGUUUUAGCAUUUUUUAGGCAAGAAUUCGAUCUUUCGUAUAUUUAUUCCCUAAUUAUUGAAUGUAAAUAUGAUUAGGCUACGCCUCAUAAGGUUGUCAUGGUUGCUUCAGUGCAUACAUAUGUGUGCAACACUAUAUUUUUAAAGAUGCAAUUGAACUUAGUUAUCCCAUAUGUAUGUUCAAAUACGAUUCUUUGAAUUUUUCCUUUAUUUGCUUUAAAUUUCAAAGAUUAAUACUAUCUAGAAAAUGCACACAUAUAUUAUUAACAGCAACAACAGCAAUAGACAUCGGUGCAGCAUUCUCAGCCUUUGUACAGGAAUUCAAGUCAAACAUUUUUCUUCUUUCUAUAUUUGUGACAGGCACCCUAGGUGUGAGUUUGACAGGCACUUAUGUGCGUAAUAGUGCGAGUGCUUGGUCCGUGUGCUUGAGUACAUUGUAAUUUUUAUGGGAGCAUUAAAAUCAAUAGAAUAUCAACAAAAAAAAGAAAACGAAAUAAAAUCUUUGACUUUGAAAAUUUACAAUAACAAAUAUUUUUAAUAUAUUUCUUAACUAUAAUAAGGCUUUUUAUUAAGAAAUAUAUAAAUUUGUACGACAUUUGCUUAGGAUUUUUUUGAUACGAGUUUCUAUGAAAUUUAACCAAAAGUUACCGUGACUAGGUACCAGCGAUAGAAUACCCGUCGUGGACAUCAGCAAAAUCGCGGUGCUCAGCAAAAUUACUUGCAACAAAUUGAUAAGUAAACGGAAAAAAAACAGAAACAAUUGCGGAGGAGAAACAAAAGAGGAGAGCGACUUUCAGCUGUUCUUGGUUAUCAAAAUUAAAUACUGUGCGGCGCGCCACCUAUGCACUAUCAAAGCAAUCUUAUUGUCAACUACAUUAUCGACGCCAAAUCGAAUAGGGCUGCCAUUUAAGUAAAAAAUGAAUUUGCGAAGAACACCUCCUCCGGGUCGUGGAGAUUCGACAAAAAAUCGAGCCACUAUUAACUCACUACCAUUUAGAGGUGGAAAUCUACUAAAAAAAAACAAGAAAAUAUAGAGGAGGAAGAAAUUAAAAACUUAUCGAAGCAACUGCAAAAUAUGCAACACAUUUGCGCUGAAUUAAAAAAUGAGCUACAACACCUAAAAAUUGAAAACGCUAAUCUAAAAGCUCAAACUGCAUUCACUAGUAAAACCAACAGUGUACAGCAAAAUAAAACACCACCUCAAUAUGAAACCGAUGAAAGAAGGGCUAGAUCGGGAGACGGACUGAAUCUUAAAAAGCGUCCAUCUAAAAAAUGAAAAGCUGUAAGUUCACAAAUGAACAAAGAGAUUCAAAUUCAAAUUUGAAUACAGUAAUAUCCAACAAUAAAACACUACAAGAUGAUAAAAAAGUCCCACGUCCGCCACCAAUUAUGGUAACAGCAGAAUAUUUAAUUGCGAUCUUGGAGAUACUCGUGACUAUUUACUGUAGCAAUAUCCAAUUAGAACCAAGAAAACCGAAAACUGAACAACGAAAAACUGCAGAAUUUUAUCUCGUAAAUGUUAUUUUGCAAUAAACGAAGAGAAGAACAAAUAUAAUUACCUAAUGAGUACCAUCAACAACGUAGUUAGCAGAUUAUAAAACUCUAAAAUGAUUUAAACCAAAACUUUACGAAUAAUAAAAAAUGUGAAAGGCGUCUAAAAACUUGGUACACCAGUUCAGUGGACCGAUUUUGGCUUAAAACCGGAACGGAAACUGUAUCGGUUGUCACCCGUUGUCAGGAUUGCAACUCUCUUCACAGGAAAAAUAUGCAUGUGGUAACAUUAUACCCUGAGACGAUUGCAACAUUAGCCACAUUUAAUACCUUAAACGAAAUUAGAAAUAUCAACGCCAACAGUUGGAAAAAAAACAGUAAAAGUAGAAACAUAAACAAAAUUACAAAAAAACAAUUCAUCCCAAUUGUCGCUGAAAAUCCGAGCUACAGAAUUUUUCAGCAGCCCACAUCUUCUAACUUAAACAACAGAAAGGGUAUAUCUUCUGAUUCUAGUAAUGACAAUAUCAAUAAUGUUAAAUACAUUAGAGCUUCAACAACACUAACAAAAGCAAAAAACGAUACGACACCAAAAACUCAAACACUCGUAGCCACAACCAUAGUAACAGCAUUGAAAGCCGUGCACGAAAUGAGUCAACACGACGGUGUCACAAAUAUGGCGAGAAAUAAAAUAUUUGCAAAGAUUUUGCCAAGCAAUAGUUUUGGCAGCACUUCAGGAGAUGAUAACGUUUCUUUUGGCGAUGACAAUGAGGGUGCGUUAUGUAUCAAUAAUGACAAUAUUAGUAGUAAAAGCCGCACCGGCAGCAUCAGCAACAGCGACGAUAAAAGCAAUACGGCUGCGGUAAGAAACAACAGCAGCAGCAAAAUGGACACAAACGAACGAGAUCGAAAACGUAAGCGUUAUUUAUCUGACGAGGAUUGUACCCGAACAACUCGCCAAAAACAGCAUCUACUACAACAGCAACAAAUUGAACAACACGGAUACUUAUGUGACAUAGCCUCAGUAUUGGCGAAGAAAUCGAAACCUAUGACCGAGAACGCAAUUAAAUGCAGCAGCAACAGUAGCAGUAGUAACCCAAGUAAUAGUGGAAUUGAUGCGCUUCCCAGAAAAUGGUUGCGCUCCUCGCUUUCUGGUGGUAUGCAAGAAAGUAUGGCGACAGAAAUUGGAAAAAGAUGUAGCAUUAUGGAACGCAAACGUAUACUGCAAGCAGACUCUCACCGAAAACAGAGCGACAACACAAUUAUCAGCAAAUGGCGAAAGAGCACAGAACAGAGAUUGUCAAAAAAGCAAGAUUUCUCUAGCUCCGAUUUUAGUGAUGACAACGACGAAGACGAACAUAAUGAAAGUGCCGAUUGUGAUAAUGAGCUUGGUAAUGAUGCAGUUGAUAACGACGGUGUUGUCAAUGAAGAGCGGACUGUACAAAGCGCUGAAAUUAAUGAAGUUGGCACAUUAAGCAAACAUAGCUAUAAUCCAAUGAAAAGCCUCAUCGAUGCUAAUAGAGUAAAAAUAUCAGAACAUUCACGUUCACCAUCAUUAAUCAAUUCGUCUCUUACGCACAUUGUAUCCGAAUUUGAAGAUAAAGAAAAAGUUUCCACGGAUAACAGGUUUCGCGCUAAUGAAUCUGAUCGUGACGCUAUGAUUAUAGAUGGUAAAAUUGUAUUACCGACGAAACCAAGAAAUAAGUCGGCUCGGGAAGAGAAUGCACUGCCCGGCAUUGAAACCAAAAUGUCGCAUCGUCAUCAGCAAAGUCGUCGUCUUAGCUCAUCGCCGCAUGCUAGCCAUGAAGGAACAAAAUCGCCGGUGAACAUCAGUGAGACUGUAUUUGCCCUGAGCCAAUCUGCUGGUACUGCCAUGCAAGUCACUCACGCAUCAAGCGCAACAACUUUAAUAACACCAGUCCGUUUGGCGCUUCGGGGCCAUAAUUAUUGCUUCGAUACUGGGGCAUCAGUAACGGAUGAAGAUGUGACAGCAAAAAGUAAAAAUUCGAACGAGAUUGAGGCCAAUAGCACGAAACAGCACGAAAAUGCCGCCCAAAGCCGUAUAUGUGAUUUUACUGUAAAUGAAAAAAAUUCCGAAAAUACUUCCAAGAAUGAAGUUCCGUUCACAGGCAUAGAAAAUGGUGAACCUAAUGACAGUGAUGGUGAUUUUAAGAGAGGGAACUUGAACAGCAAACAAGGGUAUAUAUCAAGUCCACUCGAUACGGGUGAACAUGGGGGACAUCAGACGCUAUACGGUGAUCAACAUGUAAGCGAUGAUAGGUCUAUUAAUGCCGUUAGAAUGUGUUUAGAAACAUCUUUGCAAACGACGUCAACAACACAAGCGACGGGAACAGAGCCAACCCAUUAUCACCACCUGGCAGCAAAAACAACGACGUCAGAUUUGGUGUCAAUAAACAAUCGAAUUGAAAGGACUAGUACGGUCAAUGUUGUGGAUAAUGCUGGAGAUUUGGAAGCAAUAGCUAGGCAAACGCGUCAAAAUACCGAAAACGAAGAAAAAGAUGACGACAACGCUAUUACUAUGGAAGGUCAUGUCAGCAAUGUGGUCAGAGGGGAUGAUACCAGCGAUACUUUGGAUCGGACACAUAGUUUAAUCCAUGCUGAUGAUCAUAGUUAUCGCAAUAUAGUUGCGAUAUCUAUGUGCAGUUACGACAGGAGCGAGAACCUUUGCUUACCGGCCGAAUCUUUUUCGCUUGCAAUAACAUCAAUAAAAGCGGAAAAUACAACUCUUAAAUUUGCAAAUAAUUUAACCAAUUCUACUACUACUACUACUACUACGACUACUACUACUACUACUACUACUACUAUUACUACUGCUACUACUACUACAAGUACUACUGCUAUUACUACUACUACUACUUCUACAAUUACUAUGGCUACCGAAGGUUGUGUUUCAUCAAAUAUUACUAACAAGAUUCCUGAAAGAGAUGCUAUAAUAGCAGCAGCAGAAGCAAUGGCGGCGCCAUCGCUGACACCGGCAUCAACACCGAUGUUGAACACAGCGAAAAUGUUUGUAAAUAAAGCUGAUGGCAAUGAAAUCGGUAAAAAUAUGACGCAUGAACUAAAUACAACUGCUAUCAAUAUGAACCCAAUGUCUCAAGAUAUUUAUGAACUGAACGCCUCGCCAGAGCCGCCGAAAAUAUUAACAGAAACGUAUUCCACGCGCACUGAAAACAAAAAUUUAACAACGAAUGAGUCAUACAGUUCAUGGGUUCAUACAAGUGAAAUAUUCAGACGCUACAGCAUUGGUGACAGCGAAGAUUGUAGUGUCUUAGAUACCGCGGCGCAAAACGAGCCACAGUUGCCGAUUAUAACAGAUUUGUGCUAUAAAGUAGAAAGCAACCUGGAUAUUACUAGGAGAAGUCAAGACGGGUCAAACUCAAAACUUCAAUUGCAGUCAAAUGAUCACGAAACUGAUUAUAGUGCGACCAUUGGGAAUGAACAGCAGCCAAAAGAUCAAACAAGCGAGCAUUAUACUAGACUCCAGCCCGAUGAUUCUUGUACAACUUUGGGGGCUACGCAUCGGUAUGCUGCAGAAAUGACGGCGCACCAGAAACGUCAUCUGAAUCAGAGCAUACAGCACUAUACGCAGAAUCAGUUAUGCCACCAAAUGCAGCAGCAACAAUAUCAGAUCCAUGAUCAUCGGCAAAACCAACUGCAACAAGAACUGCAUCAACUGCGCCAGGAAAAAAAUCGUGAUGAUCGUGUACAUGCACAAAUUGAUACAUCACACGUGCUGCAGCACGUUUCGUCUCACGGCCAUCAUCUGCAUACGCAAGCUCACUCGUUACAUUUACAAGACCGUCAACAGCAGCAGCUGACGCAACAGCAUUUAGUAGAACAAGAAAAUCAGCGUCUAGAUCGGCAACGUAACGAGGACCAGCAGCAACAACACUUGAUUGCAUAUCUGCACCAUACUGCCGAGCAGAGUCGCCUACAGCAACAUCACGCCGCUCAUCAACAACAUGAAUAUCAGCAGCACCAGUAUCAACAACAGCAACAACAUUUACAGCAUCAUCAGCAACACCUUCUUACAAAUUUGCUACUAUCAGCGCAGCAACAACAACAACCUCAACAUCACACGCAAACAGAUUUCAAACGAUCGAAUCGUCCACAACCCAGUAUUGAUGACCUCAUAAUUGACGAAUUCUCAGAAGAUCCGCACGCAGCCUAUAAACUUGGUCUUUCGCCAAACAAUGUCAAGCAUGAACAUCAAGAUGAUGGCUAUGAGACCAGUGCCGGCGAUGUGCUUACUCCGAAUUCUCAUAGCUCUUCAACGCACUCGGUAACGCCACAACAUCAGAUGCAGCAUGCUAUUAACCUUAUCCCACCGCCUAAGUGUGAGGAGCAACAAGUAAAACUGCAACAGCGGCAACAUAGUGUUAGUGAUGAACUUAAUCAACAGCAACAAUCACAAAACAAGCCUUUAGCACAAAGAAUAGAUCAGGAUCUUGGAAAUGCUGAAAAUCGCACAGAAGAAAUGUCAACAUGUGUCAAUACGAACGCAAAUCUACCGACAGACCCCUUCGCUUUUAUGGAGGAGGAAAUAAUUGCAUCAACGGCAGCUGUUUCUAAUGAUAAUAGCCCCAGAAAUGAUAGGGCCUCGAAUAUUCUACAAGAAUCUCAAAUUAACGGCGGUAACGAGGCGAUUAGAAGUAGUGAUGUAGCAACGUCUUUUCUGAGUUCGACAGUGAGUGUACUGGGUCAGGGAGACGAAAUGUUUAAUAUGCAACAUCAACACCGACAGUCCCAGCAGCAACAGCUAAUGCAUGCAAGCAAUAGCGAAUUACAGGAAUCAAUGAGUUAUAGUCUGAAAAUAAAGCUUCCAACCGCUGCUGCGAAUAUGCUGUCCGAGGGGGAACAGCUGGAACAACAGCAAUUGUUAGAUCACCACCUACAACAGCACACACAAUUGCCGCAACAAUUGACAACACAGCCGUCCCAAUUUCUUUUCAAUGAGAGUAAUGCGAUUUUAAGACCUCCACAAAAGAAACGGGGUCGCAAAAAGAAAAUUCAGCCAGUUGCCGAUGGAGCACUGCCAUUAUCAUUACAAUUGAUUACAGGAAAUAACAAUACUGGAGGAACAGCUGGUCCUGGCAGGGAAUUAGAAUCUAACCUUGCUGAUAACCCAGGUUUGAAUACGAAUGAAAAUGCUUUCACAGGUCUACUAAAGGCGAAGGAGCGUAAAAAACAUGACCGCUUUAAUGGAAUGUCUGAAGAGGAAGUCGUGAAGCGAACACUACCCGACCAUCUUUGUGAUAACCUCGACAUUGUCAUAAUUGGCAUUAAUCCUGGUUUGUUUGCUGCAUAUAAGGGUCGUCAUUAUGCAGGACCUGGCAAUCAUUUUUGGAAAUGCCUUUACCUAUCUGGACUCACUCAAGAACAAAUGAGCGCCGAACAAGAUUACGAGCUAUUGAAAUAUGGCAUUGGCUUCACGAAUAUGGUGCAGCGUGCGACUAAGGGCUCCGCAGAUUUGACACGCAAAGAAAUCAAAGAAGGUAGUCGCAUUUUACUCGAGAAACUGCAGCGUUUUCGCCCAAAAAUCGCCGUUUUUAACGGCAAACUAAUUUUUGAAGUUUUCUCUGGUAAAAAGGAUUUCAAUUUUGGGCGACAACCCGAGUGUGUUGAGGGUACCGAUACGUACGUUUGGGUUAUGCCAUCAUCAUCUGCAAGGUGUGCACAGUUGCCACGAGCUGCCGAUAAGGUUCCUUUUUAUGCCGCACUGAAGAAAUUUCGAGACUAUUUAAAUGGUUUAAUCCCACAUAUGGAUGAAUCCGAGUGCAUUUUUACUGAACAGAAAAUUAAACAAGUUUGCGAACAGGAGAAUCAGAAGAAUCUCGUAUCAGUUUCUGGUGUUGCUAAUUCUUCAGCAGGACUAUUAUGUGGGUCUACAAGUUCUAUGGGGAUACCUGCAACAACGGAUAGUAUUAGCAUUGAGUAUAACAACUUGCAACUGCGAUCAAUGGAAGACGGUGAAACCGUAAGCAUUUCCACUCAGCUGCAUGAGAGCGGUGGAGUCAGUAAUGAUUGUAAUGGCAUAAGUGGUUCAACACUUGGCGUUUGCAGUGAUACUGCUAUUUGCGGUAACUGCGGCGGGGGGGGUAGCGGUUGUGUUGCUAGCCACAUAACUGUGAUCAGAGAAGGAGCCAUCGUCCCAGAUGUUAACUGCUCUAUGCAUCAAGAGCAAGAGAAAUUCCCUAGAUUUCAAGGAGCGUCCGCUGAAUCUGCUUACAUGUAUAGGUCCAAUGAUGGUCCACAUGGUCACAGCGUUCCUGGUCAUGUGUCGGGUCCAGGACUGUCACCAGAAACAGUUGCAAGUAAUAUAAUGCAACAAUCCAAUCAUAAAAAUUACGCGAUGACUACAUAUCACGGGCAACCGCCGCCCGAGAAAAAAAAGCGUGGGCGCCCAAAGAAGGUUAAAGACCAGGAUAUAAUGAACUCUGCCACACGCAGUCGGAUGCAAUUGAUAGGACAAAUGGCAGGCAGUAACGACUUUGGCAAUAUAUUAAACUUGUCAAUGAUGGGAGGUAGUUCCACUAGUACAUGUGUCAACGAUUCACUCUUGGGAAGCGGUAUCGGCGGAGGUCGUGCUGAAACACCAAAGAAGAAGCGAGGACGACCGAAAAAAAUAAAGCCAACUACCGAAACCCAACAAGUGCCAAAUGCUCUUCUUCAAGUGAAACCACAUGCAAUGUCGAUUCAGGCGCUCACGGGCAUGGAUAAUAAUUCUACGCAGCGUUUGCAACAACAGCAAAUUCAACAGCAGUCUCACACUUAUGGAAGUAAAGAUUUGUCACAGCAACAGACGCAGCAAAUGUUCUCAUCUAGUUCACCGAUGAGAUCGCCAGCAUUGAAUUGCUCAUAUGCCGGUAUAACUCCACCCACUUCUACGCAGUCUACACCACCCACACAUCAACAACAAUGCGAUAAACUUCUCGAUAAUGGGGGCGGGAUUAUGAAUAGUCCUAAGAAUUUAGUCAACGCACAUAUCGAUAAUCCCAGUGGCGGCAGUGGCAGCAAUAAUGUAAAUAGCUAUUACACCCAUAAAAGUAUUUCACAGGGUGUUAAUUCGAUUAGCUCGGAACACCAUGACAGUGCAUCGGUAUCUAUAUCGCUCACAACAUCAGUGAGUGACCUUGCAAAUAAAGUACCAAUUAACUCAUCAGUACCCGUAUCUAUUUCUGCUUCACAUGAAUCGCAUUUGGGCGAAUCCCCUUCACCCAGUUCGCCAAAUAUAUGCGCUGUAGAUUUUGAGCCUCCUACUACUAAUGCUGCUUUAAGUAGUGAAAAUGAGUCAGAAUUGCAAAACCAACGAAGACCUGAAAUACAACAACACUCUCGAAUCCAGCAUCAGCAUCAGCAAUUGCAACAAAACACGCGUUUCGCAAGUCCAGUGAACGAGUCGUCAGCUGAAAACCAAUCGACCGAUCACUACCAGCAAUGGCUUACAGCACACACGGGUAUCACUUUGCCUGCACAGUAUGCACACCUCCAUCAGGAACAGAUCCAACAGCAGCAGCAGCAACAGCAAGAACAACAACAAGCGGUAAACUUUAACGAACAUCAACAGUUACAUCAUUUGCAGCAAUUGCAACCCACAGUACAUCCGAUCCAUGAACCAACGACUACCGCAAUUCAGGCCCAAUGGCAGCGCCAACAACAUUAUGAUGAUCUCGUGGGUAGCAAUUAUGGUAUUUCAUCGCCUCAUACACAUCAGCAGCAGCAACAACAAAAUUCAAGUCAACACAUGCAUCAUCAAAAUCAACAACAGCAACAUAUAUCCGAACAUCAGCAUAACCAUCUCGUUUCCCAUCAUGUGCGAUUGGCUUCCGAUGUGAGUAGCAAAAGUCUGUCUGGGCUCGAGUCACUAGUCGACCAAAUUCCCACAAUACCAGAGAAUGAUUCAGUAUCCAUAUCAAGUGCGGUAGCAAGUAAUUCUGUCAGUGCGGCCGUUGAGAGUCGUUUACAGAAUUUGCAGCAACAUAUGCAACAGCAACACCAGCAACUCAUUAGUGUAAGUAGUUCAGCGAUUGAUAUACAUUCUGAGCAUUACUGCACGCCCACAGUGAAUGGGAUUUCUACAAUAUCUGAAACAAGUGAUACAUUGACUGGCAAUAAUAGCAGUGGCAGCAAUACACCGCAUCAAGCUAAUGGACUAUUUAAUGCUAACUCACCAGGCAGUUACAGUAUCCAUAGACUUAAUUCGUCAGCCGCCUCCUCGCCAGUUAUGAUGUCGCCACGUCAUCACCACCAUCAACAACAACUGACAACUCAUCAGUCUUAUGGAACUUCGGUGGGAGCAUCGCUAAUGACAGAUGGUGUAUUGCCCUCAACACCACUGACGAACUCAGCCAGUCACACCAAUAGCCCAGCGGAUAACAAUAUGGCCGAAGAUGCGCCAAAUGCAUGUACACCUCCAACUAGUAGUGCUGUCUCUACAGUGCCCACCAGUCUUUAUAGCACUCCAUCAACGUCGAAUUUACACAAUAUAGGCAACAACAAUUUUUCAGUUAGUAAUUUAGCAGCUUCGUCUGUUACGCCAAGUAAUGGUUGUAGAAGCAACAGUAAUUAUGCUUCAUUGUCGACACCAUCGUCUGCAGCAGCAGCAAGUAAUGUGUAUCAUUCAAAUUUCAUGGCAGCGGCUGCUUUGGCUGCAGCCGCAGCAAAUUCGCCCACGGCGACAAGUACUGCUGCUGCAGUUGCUGCACAUCAUGUUGCCCAUCCUCAAAUGUAUAUGGACCCGCAUGCACACCUUCCACCACAUAUGGCUGGCGUUAACUCCAUGUAUGCGCCAGCACCAACACACCAUCACCAUCAUUUAACGCCACAUCAUCCAGUACACCAUCAUCAUCAUACAGCUUAUGGUACAGCGGGGCAACACAGUUCCGCCAGUAACUAUGGUAAUCCAUAUUGCAAUCCCACCGUUACCGGUGCAGCACAAGGCACUUCUCUUCACUUACCAAGUCCCAACUAUCCAUACGGAUAUGGUAGUCCAGUAACCGCAGCUGCAGUAGUAGCAGCCCAAAGUAACUACCCAACAGCAAUGCAUGCUCAUCAUAGCCAGUCGGCGGAAACGAAUGCACCGGCACCACCUCCUGGUGCAGUAUCAGCUGCUGCAGCAGCAGCUGCCGCCGCAGCAGCUGCGGCAGCCGUAUACCACUCUCAUCACCCGGGACACCCGCAUGCCACACAUCCGCAUUCUCACGCACAUGCUCUGUCAAUGUUUGAUCGACUCAAACCGUCCGAUAUAAGUGGCUAUGGUGGAUUUUGAUCGUGAAAACUGAGUUUUAAUUGCAUAUAAGCGUUAUUAAAUUUGGCCAUGCCUAAAUCCAAUUAUUUGCAAAGCAGCACUGUUGAACACUGAGGUUGCUUAGCGGUCAGUAUUCAACUAUCAAAAUCGACAGUUUUAAAACCCACUCAAGCAUAUGUAUACCUAUAUAAAUAUAUGUAUAUAUAUACCAGAAACACAUAUGCUUAAGCGAAGCUAAGCCAAAUUAAGGCAACCAAAAACUAGUUAUGGUGUUAUGGAAAAGCUCAUUUAAAUUUAGCGAAAUUUGCCUUUGUGUGUGUAUGCACAUUUUAAAGUACAUACGUAUUUGUGGAGCUCAAAAGUCGUAGUGCUUUUUUUUUUUUUUUUUUUUUUUUUGUUUUUUUUAACAUAUUUUGUUUUUCUUUCCCAAGUAAAGACCCUGUAAGGUACAUUUGAAGAAAUAGUGUUAAAUAGAACGUGAAACAGCUCGUGAUGCUCACAUAUUUUACUUUUAAACUACCCCAAUGCAAUAAUAAAGUAUAACAAUUAGCAUGACUUGUAAAAUCCUUAAUUUUAUUUGUACAUCUGAUAUGUUAUUGGUAGAAUACACUUAAUGGUUAUUGUCACAAAAGAUCUUUAUCCACAUCCCUCAAGCAUAGCAUUUACAUAAGUAUGUAUAAUUCACGAUGAUAUUGGUGUUGUAAGCGAAAAUUAUUUACAUGUGUAGAAAUCAACAACACUUUCACGGUUUCUAAUCUCGAAUACUAUUUUAGUAAAAUAUAAAUAUACACAUACAAUACCCUUGGUAUCUUGUGAGCCUAACCACAACAAAACCAAACACAUAACAAUAGUUCGACAUUGAAAAUGACUUAAUUGUAUAUGUAUGAAUGUAUGAGAGUUCGAAUAGGCAUAAUACAGCUAUCCAGAAUGUACAGAUGGCAAAGGUGUGUUUAACAUCAAACCGUUACCCGGCUCGCAGUGAAUUUGAAGAAACCAGCUGACUUGCUGACGAAACAGGAAUUAUGGCAGAGGAUUGUUUGCGGCCGAGAUCAGAAAAAUCGGAUUCUGUGCUGGUACACACACACUGACAUUGCUCAUGUUACUCCGUUACCGUUUGAACAAGGACUGGUUGGAAUAGCGUAAGAGUAAGUGUAAAAUAAGCGUGCACCAAACCUUUUAUUCUAUCAUCCUUCAGAGAUAUAUCUGUUAAUGGCGAUUGGAUUUUUUUAAUUUCCCUACACGGGAAUAAUAGAAAAAAAAUUCCGCCCACCAGAGAGAGAGUGGCGUCACAUUGGUCUUCGACAAAAUUAAGAUUGUGUUGGGGAUAUAUGAAAAAGGUAUCCGGUCAUUUUCCCGAAUCGAAUUUCCCGAAUGCCGCUGGCCCGAAUGUCUAAAAUUCCGAAUAACCAAAAUCCCGAAUGCCAUUUUCCCGAAUGCCAGUUUCCCGAAUCCAUUUUCCCGAAAACCAAUUUCCCGAAUAACUAAUUUACCGAAUAUUUUUAAAUAAUUGACGCAUAAAUGGUUCCAACAGAAGAAUAAUGUUACCAUAGAAACGAAUGCAACUGUCAUUCUACUUUUUAACUUCUGUUUGUUCUCGACAUUUUUGUAUAAAAUUUUUAGUGUUUGAACAUUUUUAUAUUUUAAUUCUACAUAUAUUCGUAUCACAAUGGAACCAGCACGAGAAAUAUUAGGGACGAAAUUAAUAUUGGACGGUCAUCUAUAUCAGCGAUCAAAAAGAAGUUAAGGAAAAGCUUAUUGGGAUUGCGUGAAACUUCGAAAUGGAGAAUGUACACCGCAAAUAUGUAUAUGUUCACUUUUACAAAAAUUUAUUGCAGUAAAUCCUUUAUUACUAAUAAAAAAAAAAUUUAUUUUUCGGGGACAUAGCCAUUCGUGAAACUGGCAUUCGGGAAAAUGGCAUUCGGGAUUUUGGUUAUUCGGAAUUUUAGACAUUCGGGCCAGCGGCAUUCGGGAAAUUCGAUUCGGGAAAAUGACCGGGAAUCUAUGAAAAAAGACGUGUGAAAUGAGCCUGCAGAGCUCGCCUGCCGAAUCCCCUAUGCCGUGGCAGCCGGCAGUUACUCACAAUUUCGCUUCGGUUAGCCAAACCUUGUAAUCUAUCAUCAUUGGUUCUACUUCGCUCAAAUGCAUUGAUUGCUAGCAAUACUCACACAAUCAUUUAUUUUAAUUUAACUUAACGAUGAGCGAAUGAAGAAAGCAACUCGUUCGUGCGUCUGAUGUAAACAUUGUUGCCAACGACUUCAAAUUGAAAAUUAUAAGGAAACGGAGAUUUUCUUUUUAUGUAAAUAAUGUGAAGGAUAUUAUAUUGAAGAAUUUAUCUUUUAAUGUGAUACUUUAUUUGACGUAAAUUUCAUGUUAGAUUUUUAAUUAACAUUUUAAUUAGAACUAAACUAAAAAGUGUUAUUCAAAUGUAGUAAUCUUUUGAUUUAAAUUAAAUAAAAAUUUAUUUUUAUAUACUUACGCGUGUCUCUGAAAUGACCAGCUCUGCUCUAAUGACACUGCUGCACGCUACCAUUUGUUGUAAAAUGCUGCGAGUGCGAUCAGAUUAAAAGUUCAUGAUUUUAAAUAUACAAUAUAUAUUUUUUUUAUUUGAACCAAUGGCCACCAACAUAGUUUACUUGAAAAUUUUCCAAACUACGUAUGCGAAAUUCAAUGAAGACAAAUCUUUGCCAUAAUUUAAUGAACUUGCAAUAAUCUGUCGCCUAUUGUCAUUGUUUUCUGAAUUUAUGGAACGAAACUUCGCUAAAGCUACAACAACGCUUACAUUAAUUUUGCUUUUACAUUUUGGUGGUUAGAAAACAAUAAUGAAGUGUAUUUUGUUGUUGCUUGAAAGCUUAAAUUAUAAUGAAAGGUUAAAUUAUAAAGAAAAGUCAAGACAGCUUCUCUACGCCACCACUUUGUUGAUGUACUUUGGCUCGAAUGUCAAAAUUUCAAUGGGAGUGUAAUGAAACAAAUAAAGCAACAACGAGAAGCAGGGCACAUUGGCAUUCAGAUCACCAAAUCGCAAAAAAAAAUCAGCUGCUGUAUCGAAGCACUUAGAUUUGCCAAAAUUCAUAUAGGGACAUUCUUAUUAUAAAAUGGUAUAGUAACUAUAUAAAAUACUUAUAAAAGCGUUUGUUGAAAUACUAAUCUCACAAAGGGAUGAUGUUUUUGAUAUGAAGCAAUAAUUAAAUUAGAAUGAUACCAAAAAUUUAGCCAAUAGUUAAAGUGCAUCAGUAUAAAAAAUAAUUUAUGAGACCAUUUUAAUUUUUGCUAUGAAACGUAAUUAUUUUGCAUUUUACGUUUCAUGGAAAAAAUUAGAAUGGUCUCAUAUUUAGUAUUUCAAACUUCAAUAAAAAACUAAUGUUAUGCUUUUUAGAUUAUUAUAUACCAGCUUUUCGGCACAUCCAUAACAAAAGUUUCUAAGGCAGUUCUUAAUGAAAAAUUUUCCGUAAACUCUCUAAAUUUUUGGAAGUGAUUUUUACCUGAGUUUUGUACUAAAGUUCGUGAAAAUAGUUGUCUGAAAACUCUAAUUGUUAGAAAAAUAUGGAAGUAAAUCGUACUAUCUCAUUUCAUAUAUGUAUAUAUAUAUUACAUAUGGUAUAUAAUUUGUGGAAGUGUUGAAUUUUUCUUGUUCUGUUCUCAAUCGAAAUGCACAACAUUUUCACUGGAAAGUUGGAAAUAUUUUCGAGUUGUCGGGAUAUGUAAUACGUUUGCAUUGUUUUGGAGGAAAGAAAACUUUAUAAGGCAUAUUUUUGUAUUUCACCACAGCCAAAAUCAGCCACAUAUUUUAAUUUUUUCAUUUAUAAUUUGUUUGACCAUGUUACGAGUCAGAAUUAAUACAUUUUCUAAAUUAUGUUCUCCUUAGCGUCUUUUCACUGUUGUGCGUGUAGUUUGCCUGUUUGGCUUAGUUUCAGCUUUCACAUCUACAUAUUUCAUUGAGGUAGGUAUUCUCGUUUCUCAUAUUAGCAACUAAUUUCAUUGAGAUCGUAUAUGGCGUACAGACUGGGCUGGCUUUUUGCUGUUUUACUUCAACGUAACCUGAAGUACAACUUUAUUCGGCAUUUCUCACAAAUUAAAAUUUAGUAAAUUUAAAUUCAAAGCGCUCAAUUUACUUAUUUAAAUUUCCUGAUACACCAAAAAUAUUAUAUAGGGUGGGCCAUGUAAAAUUUGCUUUUUGAAUCGGCUAUAAAAAAAAACUAAUCAAUAUUUUUUCAAACUUCUUUUUUAUUUUGAAGAUUGGACAUUGUCAUUUAUGAAUGAAAAAUAAUAUCGUUCAAAUGACUGCCACGAUUGGCUUUACAGUAGGCCAUUCGAUCAACCCAAUUUUUAAGCACAUUUUCGAUUGUUUGGGCUCCAAUUUCAUGAAUGGCAACUUCGAUUUCGUGUUUUAAAGCAUCAAUCGUCUCUGGAUGAUUCGCAUAGCAUUUGUCCUUAACGGCUCCCCUCAAAUCGGCUGAUUAUUCGGUUUUCAAAAACCGUAGCCAAAAGUUCGAGUGUAACUUUGGCAGUGCACCGCCCUGUUUAAAACAAAUGUCGUCCAUGUCAUCCUCUUGAAUUUUCGGAAACAAAAACUCGUUGAGCACGUCACGGUAAUGCUCGCCAUAUACUGUAACCGCGGAAGAAGAAGAAGACUCACCACUUUGGAAAUAGGUUUUCAAUAUUUCCCAAUUUUGUUCAAGCGUAUAGCGUCCCAUUUCGUAAAUGUCAAACCUUUAAGUAAAUUAUGAACACAUUUGACAUGUCAUUUAUGCUACCAUUCUCAAAAAAAUAGGUGGUUCAAAAAACAAACGCUAUAUGGCCCACCCUGUACAUUUUUCGAUAGUACUAACUGCUGCACACAGUCGCUACCAAACUCUAAUAAAUUAUUUAGUGUCAAAUUGGUUAUAAAAAGUAAUAAACAACAGGGUGAAUACGACGAAUGGUAUGUGUCGAGCAAACGGAAUUUAUCAUAGUUAACAGAAUCUUAUGUAAAAUAAUUUUGCAAAUUUUCAAUGUUCGACUAUAAAUAUAAAUACAGUGACAAUUAUUUAUAAACGUUUUUACAUGUCAUUGUAUGUGAGAGUAUAGUAAAUCUAAUGUUGAUCAUACGUUACGUAUUAAAAGAUCGUACGAUUUUAGGCCUUUGCACGCAAAUUUACUAUAUUUUUUUUACUACGACUAUGCCCGUGCAAAGUGGAUAGGUAAAAAGCAAAUUACAUAUGAGGAUGAAUCCAUAUACAUAUAUAUUUGCUGUAGUCACUACCAAAUAAUGAAUCAAUGGAAGUUAUAUACUUUAGAGAUAGCAAAGUCUUUCAAUGAUAGGUUCGUACCAAAACUAAUCACACUUUCAUUCCGAACUAUUAAGGGAAUGUGAAUAUUUUCCAUCCGUAACCACUCUCUUUCAGGAAAAUGGGUUAUAAAGGUUGUGACAUUUCUUUAAAAAUAAAUUAGAUCAAAUGUAAGACUUACAGUUUUAAGAGCGAUAUUUUUUUUAAAAUAUUUACAUGAAUUACUUCUAGCAUUAUAAUCUACGAAUUUAUAAAGGCAUGUAUGCUAAUUUUCUACUACCGCGUUUUUGCUGUGUUUAUUAUAGUGUAAAACGCUCUUCAAAACAAUUUUUUCGGGAAAUGCCAAUUGCCGUGUGAAUGGAAACUUUUAAGUAAUUGUUGUUUAAAUAGUUAGUGGCACUCAAUAAAAAGGAGGGUUCAUAGCAGUUUCAGAUUACACUUUCAUAUAUAUCUUUCUUAGUUAUUAAAAACAAAAAAAGUUCAUAUAACUAUAAGAUUCUUUGGGCAUAGUGGUCCACUAUUUAUACAAUAUAUGUAUAUAUGUAUGAGUGUGUAUUCAUAUUGAUACGAGGUUGAACUUAAACAUUUUAUUUAUACAUAUUAUACAUACAUAUAUUCAUAUGUCUAUCAACCAAUAUCCUUGUCCAAUAAUCACAAAAGUGUUUUGUAAAAUAAAGAGGCACGUUUUAUAUUUAAUUUAACUACUUGUGAAAUUCAUUUGUUAAAUUAGGUCUCUUAUUGUCUAAAUUGAAAAUAUGAAAACAGAGAGUAAAAUUUUAACUACAAAUUUCAAGCAAAAAAGAGAAAAUUUAACUCAAGUGAAAGACAAGACAAAAUAUAAACUUUUAAACUAAUUUUAAGAAAUUAAACAACUAAAUAUAUUUUUAUGUGUAAACAUAUUUUAUACAUUAAUAGCUUCAAAAGCUAAUAUAUAAAAAUCAUGAUUUUAAAUGAUGUCAAUGAAAGCAGCAAGCAAAAAUCAAUCGUGUGAUUUACUUUAUUAUUUUUUUCUAAAAAUCUUUCUUAUGUUAAUAUAAAUUAUUGCAAAUUAUUUAGGAACUUAAAAUAAAAGUAAAACAUAGCAAAAAUAAUUUAUAUAAACACAAAAGAUGAGAUAAUUGGGUUGGUCGACAGUAUACUAUAUCAGUCAGUGUGCUGUAUAAAUUGAAAAUUCUAUACGCAACUUAAAAAUUUCCAAUAAUACAUAUUAAAAUAAUAAAACAAGUAAAUGUGGAAAAAUCUUAAGGCCGGCAAUUAAACGUUUAAAAAUACGAAAUAGCUGAAAAUUAAACGGAGGUUGCGUACAAACGAAUAAAAAGUAAUACAAACCUAACACUGGGGAAAAACUCAUAUAUAAAAAAUUAGAAGUGUGUAUGUAUGUAUAAAUAAAAAACUACCCAAAGAAGUAAAAGUACGUCAAAUACUGAGUAGUUAAGCAACGUACUACAAAUUUAAUUUAAUGCAAAAAUUAGUGAUGAUAAAAUAUGUAAGGUCACAAUACUUGCAUGGCAAUAAAUAUAUAAGCCGAAGUAAAUACGCCAUCAAUGCGAUAAAAAAGCUAAGACGCAGAAGAAAACCAUAAAAACUAUGUAAAUUGCUUACUAAAAUUAUGUUAAUAUAAAUUUAAGAUAGUAGUUCGUAUUGUAAUUAUGACUUUAUAAAAUAUCUACGCGUGUGUUAAUUUCGAAUUGUAGAGUUCUACAGUAGUUUUUAUUAAAAUAGUUAUAUGCUCCAUGCGAAAGUUACUGUACUAUUCAGAUUAGACUUCAAAGUCCAUGCAUGACAAAAAAUUAGAUCAAAUUUAAUUGUUCUAAGUUUUAUCAUUUGUCAACACUUUAACUAUUCUUCGAAUUGUAUUCACAACGAUUUUUUAAGAAUCACAUUCGAUGUGAAAUUCUGGCAAUUUAUUCAAAAGUAUAGCCUUCGAAAGAAACCAUAACAAAAUUAACAAACGUUGAAUAAUAACCAGAAAAAAGCAAAAUUUAAUAAUGGAAUCAAAUUCGGAAUAUGGGGAUGCUGAACACCAAGAAAUGUGAAGGAGACCAAAUUAUCUUCUGAGGACCUCUUCCACCUUCAUGGGACCAGUUACAGCUAUAGUAGUAACUGCAUCUUGUAAAUAUUGUGAAAUUGUUAUUUUAGUUUCCACCGAGUACACAAAUAUUUAUAUAUGUAGAAGCAGUAUAGUGCAAUUACUAGUGAAUGCUGUUUUUCCGCCAGUGACGCAACUCAUUUACAUUUCUCGUGCGUUAAAAUCUUUAAUACUUCCUUAGCUUGAACAGUAGUUAUAGUCAAACGAUGGGUGUUCAUUAGUCCAAUUGGUACAGAGGGCUCUAGGGCACUUUUCGGGGUUAUAUGGUGCUCCCACCAUACAAGCAGGAUUAGCCUGGCGUCGUUUUUGAGUAUGCCUUAGUCGUUGGCAGUUUGUGCAUUGCAGCUCAGCUAUAUAAUGUUAAACCUUAACCUUGUACCACGCGACGUCGACAGAUUCUGGGAGACGAUAUAAAUCAAAUGUAAGAAUCACAAGUCCAGUGAAAAUCGAUUUGCCUUCAAUUUGGCGGGAAAACUUGUACACUCCAGUAACGUUUCCGAUAAUGCCACUUUUGACAGUAUGUGCAGCUCUACUAGUAGGCAUGACGUAGACCAGGUGCUAGUGAAUUGGAUUCGUUCGAUGCUAGCCCAAGGAAUCGUCACAGUGCGAGCAGAGGAAUAUCUGUUGGUGUCAUCCGGUGUUAACAGAGGCUGCGGUGUUCUGUCACUAUUGCUCUGCUGCAUGGUGAUCGAUCCUAUCUCAGUACCUUAAUUGAUGCUAGCCUGUUGCCUGUUUGUUAACAGGUCAUUUGCUUCAGAACUUCUGUAGAAAAGUGCAGAAAACUCUGGAUAUGGUUGACAUUUCGUGCUGUGCGAAUGGGCUAUCGGCAAACCCCUCCAAGACUGGUAUUGACCUUUUUACCAGAACGAGAAGCUCGAAGGACUCGUUCUGCCUAAGCUAAUAGGAGUCACAAUCUACCUAUCCAAAGAAUUCAAAUUUUUUGGAGUAACUCUCUAUAGUAAACUCCUUUGGAAGUCACACGUUGAAACAAAGGCAUCCAAAGCACUGGCAGCCUUUGGGUCUUUCUCUGAUAAAACCUAUUAUCACCUAUGCAUCAGUGGUUUGGAUGAGUAGACUCUCUCUCUCCAUGCCAUCAAGAGUCAUACUUGAAAAGAGAUACAGUCUGGUGCUGCCAGAGGUUCGAUUGUGGUCAAACUCUGAAAAUGUGCCCGGCAAAUACUGUUUUCGCAUUUCCAUGGAUGGCUCCAGGACUGAGUACGGUUCUGAUUCUGGUGUCUACGUGGAAUCCAGCCGGACAAAACUAAACUUUGCUUUUGGAAUAUAGGAAUCUGUGUUUCGAGCGGAGGUGUAUGCUAUUCAAGAAGAAAUGAUCUUUGUUGUGGAAAACAGAUGGAGAGGCAGAUUUAAAUGUGUCUGCAGUGACAACAAAGCUGCGCACAAGGCCUUAUGCUGCCCUCCAACCACUUCAAAGGUAGUUGAGUCUGUAAAUCUAGGCUGAACUAUGUCGGAAGACAUAAUAUCCUGAUGCUAACAUGAUCCCUGGAGACAUAGGUAUCGCGGGUUACGAGAUCUCUAACACUUUAGCUAGGAUGGGGUCUGAGGCCUACUUCUGUGGUCUCGAAGCUACGGUUAGCAAAUGGGUUACUUCAACCCACAAGCGAGCUUGUCAGGCUGAGAGAGGCUGCAGAUGGGCAAAACUGAUGUUUCCUGUCAUGUCCGAUCGACUGUCGCAGAUCCUCCUGUGAUUAAGCAGAAGGGGCUACAGGCAGCUGGUUAGUCUGAUAACGGGCCACUUUCUGUGGGUGAAGGUACGAUGAGACGGUAAACCACUUUCUGUGCGUUUGCCGGCCUUCGCUCGAAUCAGGCUUGAGGUUUUUGGCACUGAUUUGCUAAGAAGCGACCACCUUGGCUCCACAAGACCCACUCAGAUUUCUUCGGAGGUCGUGUAGAUUUAAAGGAAAUUAAAAAGGGAACUCGAGCGCAGUAGAACAAUUAUAAUUAUAAUCAAGAAUGAUAGAGAAAAAGAUUGCGCCUUCCGAAUUCGUCGUGUCGUAAGAAUGCAUCCAUGAACACACAAAAGGAAAAGGAAUUUCUUGUUUGGGAAGAAGAAGAGUAGGCGAAAGCAAUGGAAACAACCAUACACAACGCAAGACAAUUAUACGCUCACGCACAUGCUUUCUAGCAGAGAACAAGAGAGAGAGAGAAAGAGAGAACAAGAGAAUCUCGCCAAAGAGGAUAAGAGCAUUAGCAUCAACCCUAUUACGACUGUCAAUUAUCGAUAAAUAAACGCCUGCCAAGCAACUAUCCACUAUCGGUUGUUUGUGAAUAUCGAAUUCUCGUUCAAUUAUCGAGUGUUAAUAGUUUUUUGCCGCUCUUUCUAGGAAUUUUGUUUGAUAAUUUAAAAAAAUCGUAAUGUAUGUUUGUGGGAAUCAUAUAUCCAAAUUUGUAAGCUAUGAAAAUCAACAGUAAUUAUCUAGUAUACAGCCAAUAUACUGAAGUUCCAAAAUAUGUCAAAAAUUUUACCAAUUCGGUGCCAAUCGACGCGUUUAGGACCCAGUAUCAAUAUUCCAAAAAAGAAGUGUAAUUCUUUUAAACCGUUCAAAAGUUAAUAACAAGAAAUCAUUUCGUAAAAUGUGGUAUUUUGUACCGCUAAUUAUUUCUUCACUAAUGCACUAAAUUGCCGUAUUACACCACUUUGAUACUGUAUUUAUAUUUUCAGGAAAAUAUUUUGCUAAAUAUUUUAACUAUGGCCCCUAUUAUGAGUUGGAUUCGAUCUUCGAUAUUCGUUGGUUGUCGAAGAUCGAAAAUCGAAUGUCAAUUUGGUAUUAUGAGGGGUGCAACUCUGUCGAAAUUUUCGUUGUAUACCGAAUUUAGAGUCGAAUGCAAUUUUGUUUUCGAUUGUGUAGUGUAUUGUGGGAAAACUUGUUAAAAUGUAAGUUGUUUGCGGUUAUUUAUUGUUUUGUAGUAACCAAAUAAUAAAUAUAUACUAAUUUUGUUAAUUUUAUGCAGGUCGAAAGUCGUGAGUACCAAACAGCAACUAGAAAGGCUGGUUGCAUUAAUGGAAGAGAAUCCACAAUUCGCAAAAGGGAUUUGCAGCAAAAAAAUGGGAGGAAUUUACAACGGAGCUGAAUUGCUUGGGACCACCAGUUAAAACGGUAGCACAAUGAAUUAAGGUUAAAAAUGUUUUUUUUUUUGUGAUUUUUAUGGAAAUACAUUUUUAUUUUCCCUUGGCAGGUAUGGGCUGAAAUACGUAGAGGAACUGAAAUACAUAUUUUUUUCGAAUGACGAAAAAUUGAAUAAAGAAAAUUUAUAAGAAAAAUAAAACAGAAACUGUGGCGUAAAGGUUUUUAUUUAAUACUUUUUAGAUUUUUCUAUAAUAUUCUAAGAAUUUCAUUUCUUAUGUUUUCUGCUUCUCCGUUAUUUGACUCCACUUCAAUAUCUUCAACAUCAUCGUUGAGGGUCUCAUCGAAUAACUCUUCAUCCGGAAAUUGAACAUUAUGAAACAAGCAAAUGUUGUGCAAAGCUGCACACACACAUUAAUAAUUUGUGUUGCUUUUUUUGGAGAAUAGUGAAGAGCUCUUGGAUCGGGUGCAUUGCUGCAACUGGUUUUCUGUACUGGACAGUAGGUUCAUAAACGCCUCUUUAGAUAAUCUAAAGUUCUUUAAAAAUCUGUAAGGAAAUUUCUGUAAUAUUAAGUACGUCAACACAUUUUGAAAAUUCUAAACUUACUCAGUGGAAGCCAUUUCUAGGGGGUAGGAUGCGCCCCUCAACUGUUUUCUACUUCUAGCUAGUUCCACUAAUCUUUCAUCGUCAGAUGAAUCGUCGAACCACAACUCCGUUGUACUCAUUUUCACACAAAAUACUUUUCUUAACUUUUAAAAAUGAAUUUCAACACAAUCGGUUUUUCUUUUAUUUUGAUUUGCUGUAUCAGCUGAGAAAAAAUUAUCUAUUGUAAAUGCGUCGAGCGAUCGAAAUUCACAAUAGUCCUAUUCUUCAACGAAUGAGCACCAUAAUACCAAAUGAAAAUUCGUUCGAUCAGCACUUUCGACUACAGUCGAAGAUCGAAUGUUGCUCAUAAUAAGGGCCUAUUUCACUAUUCUAAUAACAAAAAUGUAAACACAAAACUGG